AUGUUCUCAGCUGAGGCGGACUACGAGGCGCUGCUGCCGGUGGACGCGCCCAGGGCGCCCCCCGCAAGGGCGCGCCGCCGUGUGCAGCGCAUGGACGUGGCGCUGCUGGCCGUCGUGCUCUUCGUCGCCUGCUUCGUGGGCGUGCGGCCGCCCGCUCUGCGCGUGUCGAACCCGCUGCUGCUGCCCAAGGCCCAGGCCGAGGCGCAGUUCAUGACGUACGAGGACAUCGACGCGGCCAAGCGCCAGGCCGGAUACAGCGUCUCGUACUCGGCGCGCGGCUUUGAGAUCGACGGCCGGCGCACGCUGCUGCUGGGCGGCUCCAUCCACUACCCGCGCAGCUCGGAGGGGGAGUGGGAGACGCUGCUGCGCGCGGCCAAGAGGGACGGACUCAACCAUAUCGAAAUGUACGUAUUCUGGAACCUGCACGAGCAGGAGCGCGGCGUGUUCAACUUCGCGGGGAACGCCAACGCCACGAGGUUCUACGAGCUGGCGGCGGAGGUGGGGCUCUUCCUGCACGUGCGCUUCGGCCCCUACGUGUGCGCAGAGUGGAGUAAUGGGGGCCUGCCGCUGUGGUUGAACUGGAUCCCAGGGAUGAAAGUCAGGUCGAGCAACGCACCCUGGCAGUGGGAGAUGGAGAGGUUCGUGACGUACAUGGUGGAGCUCUCCAGGCCCUUCCUGGCCAAGAAUGGAGGGCCGAUCAUCAUGGCGCAGAUCGAGAACGAGUUCGCGAUGCACGACCCCGAGUAUGUCGAGUGGUGUGGAGAUCUGGUCAAGAGGCUCGACACGUCGAUCCCCUGGGUCAUGUGCUACGCGAAUGCAGCCGAGAACACCAUCUUGUCGUGUAAUGGCAACGACUGUGUCGACUUUGCAGUCAAACACGUGAAGGAACGCCCCUCUGACCCACUUGUAUGGACGGAGGAUGAGGGCUGGUUCCAGACUUGGGCGAAGGAUAAGAAGAACCCCUUGCCGAAUGAUCAACGCACUGCCGAAGACAUGGCAUACGCUGUCGCUCGAUGGUUCGCGGUUGGUGGUGCCGCACACAAUUACUAUAUGUAUCAUGGAGGCAACAAUUUUGGCAGAGCAGCAUCAGCAGGAGUGACUACCAAGUAUGCUGACGGUGUCAAUCUCCAUUCCGAUGGUCUCAGCAACGAACCCAAGCGAUCUCACUUGCGCAAGCUUCAUGAAGCGUUGAUUGAUUGCAACGAUAUAUUAAUGCGCAAUGACCGCCAACUACUGCACCCUCACGAAUUGGCACCGACACACGGAGAAACAGCAGAAGCUUCGUCACUCCAGCAGCGUGCCUUUAUCUAUGGCGCGGAAGAUGGACCAAACCAAGUUGCAUUCUUGGAGAAUCAGGCCGACAAAAAGGUGACGGUUGUGUUCAGGGACAACAAAUACGAGUUGGCGCCUACCUCGAUGAUGAUCAUCAAGGAUGGAGCUCUUCUCUUCAACACAGCGGAUGUACGUAAGUCGUUUCCGGGUACAGUGCAUCGGGCGUACACGCCAAUUGUGCAGGCAGCUACCCUUCAAUGGGAAACUUGGAGUGAGUUGAAUGUGUCGUCGCUUACACCCAGGAGGCGCGUCGUUGCCGAACGACCGGUGGAGCAGCUUCGAUUGACGGCGGACCGAUCGGACUACCUGACGUACGAAACCACGUUUACUGUGGACCCUGCCGACACUCCGAUUGACAUCGACAGUGACGCAUCCACGGUGAAAGUGACCUCGUGUGAGGCGUCCAGUAUUAUUGCUUUUGUCGACGGCUGGCUGAUUGGUGAGAGAAACCUAGCGUAUCCGGGAGGCAAUUGCUCGAAAGAGUUCAGGUUUUCCCUACCGACCAAUAUCGACGUCACUCGCCAGCACAGCCUGAAGCUCGUAUCGGUCAGUUUGGGGAUCUACUCGCUCGGCAGCAACCACACGAAAGGGCUGACCGGUAAGGUUCGAGUUGGACGCAAGAACUUGGCAAAGGGCCACCAGUGGGAGAUGUACCCGACCCUUGUUGGCGAGCAGUUGGAGAUUUAUCGACCAGAAUGGCUGUCGUCAGUGCCGUGGACCCCAGUUCCCCGUGUGGUUGCUAGCGGACGGCAGCUCAUGAGCUGGUACUGGACGUCGUUCUCCUACCCAGCGUUUGAGCUGCCAGCAGAGGCAGAUCCCGUCAGUGAGCCAUUUUCGAUCCUGCUCGACUGCAUUGGGCUCACGCGUGGCCGCGCUUAUAUCAACGGCCACGAUCUCGGACGCUACUGGCUCGUCAACGACGAGGGCGAAUUCGUGCAGCGAUACUAUCACGUUCCGCGGGACUGGCUGGUCAAGGACCAGGCGAACGUGCUGGUGGUGUUCGACGAGCUCGGAGGGUCGGUGGCCGACGUAAGGCUGGUGUCGUCUUCGAUGGUGCCUGAUGCAGUGGGUGACGCUGCAGCCGCCAAGUUCUUAGAGAAAAGCAGCCCCACCGCUGGUGAAGUUGUAUAUGUGGCUCGCGAGUGAUGAGAGACCGUGGUGGGGCAGGCGGGUGGAGAGUUCUAUCUAAGCGAAUUAUAAGCAGGGAAAAGUAUACAGGUGGAGGGGCAUUAGAGCUUCGGGC